GCAGUGAAUUUAAAAAGGAGCCGCGGUUGCUAGUCACAACUACAUAACAAUUUUCUGCUCCAACAACAAGGAGUAACUAGCGACGUUUAACAGAGCUAAGGUACAAUGGCUAAUAUCAUAUUUGCAGAGCGAGAGAACACACAUCUCCAUGCACCUACUCUGAAAAUGCGACAGCGACUUCAGUCUGCUCCAGAGAAGCUCUUGAAAUCUCCCAUGAUAGCCAAAACAUUCCACACUCCUCUGCCAUUUGGUCGGAAGGCUUUUGGUACGGUCAACAAAAAGGUCUCGACCCCUGCCAUCAACGCAAAAGAAAAACUUCUAAAGCCAGAGGAAACUAAAGUAAAGCAUGCUCCUCGCACCCAAGUGGAAGAAUAUCCAGAAAUUGAGAAGUUUUUCCCCUAUGACCCUCUAGAGUUUGAGAAGUACCACAAGCCUGAAGAUUUGGUUCCUCUCAGUAGCCUUGCGCUGCCUGGACUGGCCUUUUUCCCACCAGCUCCACAUCUGAGUGAGGAGGACCUGGAAAUGUUUCCACUCCUAGACUUGUCACCUGUAAAGAUGCCAAAACAUUCAGAUCAGUGCUCAGAGCUGGACGCCUUUCUUCAAACAAUUGAUGAACUGACCAUCCAGCUUCCUCCAGAGCCUGUUACUGACUGAAUGUGAACGCUUGUUUCUCUUAUGACUGCUGUUUUGUUAUUUUACUGAAAUAAAGUUGAUUUUUUUACGCGUC